AGUUCAGUCAGUCAGAGUGUUUUCUGUGCGGAGUGGAUAGGGAGGUUAGAGACAGACGGAGCGAGGGCUCGCCUCCUGUGCGAGACAAACUCAAAAGUCGGGGCAUUUUGCCUUGAAACCUUUCGCCUCGUCCUGGCCGGACGUCGAUUACAAACAUUUAAUGAAAAUCAAGGGAAGGAAUAACCGGUUUACAAAUGGAGCCACGUAGUUUUCCAGUCUUCUGGUGGGGCACGAUAUUCUUCGUUUAUUUUGCUCAUCUAAACGAAGCGGGUCAACUGGGGCCAUUUCCUGAAAGGAAAAAUCAGCCUGGGCUAUGUGCAGCCAAUCAACGCCCCCCCACCCCCAAACUGGAUGGGACCAUGAACUUUUUCAAGCUGAAGAAUCUGUGCAAGUUCUGCGACGUGCAGGAAUCCACUUGCGACGGCACCAGCAACUGCUCCUCCAAGUGCUCCAUCACCUCCAUAUGCGUUCACAGCGACGAGGUGUGCGUCAGCAUCUGGCGAAAGAAUGAUGACAACAUCACCACUGAGACACUGUGCCACGACCCCUCCAAGCCACUCUAUGGCCUGAUGCUGGAUGACUAUAACAACACCAAGUGUUUGAUGAAGGAGAAGAAGUUCCCUGGCUCACAGUUCUACAUCUGUUCCUGCUCAGGGGAGGAAUGCAACGACGAGCUCAUCUUCUCUCCCUAUAAUGAUGGCUUCACACCUCCCCGGCAUGCUGUCGAACAAGGGAACGGGCCCCACACGGACAGCCAGGUGAUGCUGGUCAUCCUGGUCAGCCUGCUGCCCCUGCUCAUCCUGGCCGUGCUGGUCAUCACCACCUUCUACUGGUACCGCGUGUACCGCCGGCGCAAGCUGAACGAGUGGGAGAGCAAGAAGAAGCGCAAGAAGGGCCCGCUGGACUGCAGCGACGCCUGCGCCAUUAUGAUCGACGACGACCGCUCCGACAGCAGCUCCACGCACGCCAACAACCUCAACCACAACACUGAGCUGCUGCCCAUCGAGCUGGACCUGCAGGUGGGCAAGGGCCGCUUCGCUGAGGUCUACAAGGCCAAGCUCAAGCAGAGCCCCUCGGAGCAGUUCGAGACGGUGGCCGUCAAGAUCUUCCCCGACGAGGAGUACGCCUCCUGGAAGAACGAGAAGGACAUCUUCUCCGACAUCAACCUCAAGCACGAGAACGUGCUGCACUUCCUGACGGCGGAGGAGCGCAAGGUCGAGAAGCAGUACUGGCUCAUCACCGCCUACCACCCUAGAGGGAACCUGCAGGAGUACCUCACCCGUCACAUCAUCAGCUGGGAGGACCUGUGGCUGCUGGGAGGGUCCCUGGCCAGGGGCGUCGCCCAUCUCCACAGCGACCACACCCCGUGCGGGCGCCCCAAGGUGCCCAUCGUCCACCGGGACCUGAAGAGCUCCAACGUCCUGGUGAAGAACGACCUCACCUGCUGCCUGUGCGACUUCGGUCUGGGCCUGCGCCUGGACAACUCCCUGUCUGUGGAUGACUUGGCCAACAGUGGACAGGUGGGCACGGCCAGGUACAUGGCCCCAGAGGUCCUGGAAUCCAGAAUUAACCUGGAGAACAUUGAGUCCUUCAAGCAGACCGAUGUCUACUCCAUGGCCCUGGUGCUCUGGGAGAUCACCUCCAGGUGCAAUGCCAUUGGAGAGGUGAAGGACUAUGAGCCUCCUUUUGGCUCCAAGGUGCGAGAGCACCCCUGUGUGGAGAGCAUGAAGGACAACGUCCUGCGGGACAGAGGCCGUCCAGAGAUUCCCAACAGCUGGAUGAACCAUCAGGGUGUUCAGAUUGUGUGUGCUACCAUCAACGAGUGCUGGGACCACGACCCAGAGGCCCGCCUGACAGCACAGUGUGUGGCCGAGCGCUUCCACGAGAUGGACCAAAUGGACAAGUUAUCAGGGAGGAGCUGCUCAGAGGAGAAGAUACCCGAGGACUGCUCUGUGAGCGAUGGGAAAUAGGCCCUGCCCCUCCACCUGCCCGCCUGACUGAGGCGAGGGUGUUUUUUCACGCAGCAGCUCCACUUGGACUUUGAGGCGUUACUCAGCGGAGCGUCCAUCUCUGCUCUCCACAGAGUCAGCAAGGUCACUCACAUGCUGUGGGCUUGAGGAAUCAGAAAAUUAAAAACUGGAAGAUUUAUAUGUAUACAUAUAUACAUGUAUACCUGUAUAUAUAUAAAAUAAUGGUUCUGUGUCUCACAGAAAUACUUCACAGAGAGAGAAGCAGUAAGCUGGACAGAGGAAAUAUAAGCAUUUAUAACCAAUGACUUAUGCACUUUAUCAAAAUACCUAUGCAUACCAGACAAUGUGUUACUGUAUAUUCAUGAGAGUAUAAUUCAUGUAUUAUAAUACGGCUGGGCAGGGCUAGGUUACCUUUCUCCCCACUCUCACUUCAGGAAUGAUCCAGAGAAUAACAUUUUUGUAACACUAACGACAAUCUGGCCUAUUUCUAUAAGGGCAUUUUAUAAGGGAGUAGAUUCUCUCAUGCAGCACAUCUCUGGACUGACGAUGAUAUUAGAUGGUAGAAGUGUGUGCGUGGGGGAAAAACUGAAAUAACUUGUUAUGCAAAAAACAAGCUCAACAUAAACUAGGACAUCAGCUAUAAGCACAUGUAUCAUAAACUGUAAUUAAAAGACUGGUGAAGCAAAUAAUCAAAAGGGAAUUCUGAAAUCCUAUUCAAAGGGCGCUGAAACUGGAACUACAAUAACUGUAGGUCCAGAUUCUCUUUUUCUACUAAUUGCAGUAUAUUACUCCUGGUGUUAUUGUGUAAAAAAAAAAAAAAAAACACUAGCCUGCCUCCACAGAUUUUUACCCUUUUGUAUAUAAGAUAUUGUUUAACAUGAUUAAAACUUUUUCAGUAUUUACUCUAAA